CUUCCUCUUCUUCUUCCUCUUCCUCCUCCCAGCCCUCCCCUUACAAAAUGCAGAAGCAGAUUUUCCCAUGCUGCCCAUGUUCCUAAACUGCCUUCCUUUCUUCCAGACUUGUUCUCAUAAGCCUACUGCUGUCUAUUCUUCAGGGCUGCCCCACCCCAUCCCCAAGUAGGAGCAGCACACAGGGCUGAGAGCCAGGACUCCUGGGUUCUCUUAUCGACACUGCACCUUCCCUUCCCCCUCAUUUUAGGGUUCCUUUGAAGGAUGAUUUUGCCCAGCUUGAUUUUUGUAAGAAGAAUAUUUGAAAGAGAUUGACUUUGUUCCAGAAAGAAGAGGACGCAAGCAACAAUACUUACUUAAUUCAGAAAGAAUGUAGUGAGCUGGGCCAACCAAUGAGCUCCACCGGAUCUAAAUUUUGCGAAUAUUUUAGUGGAUAAGCCAAAUGACCAAUCUUCACGAUGGUCUUCUGAGAGCAAUUAUCCUCCCCAGUAUGAAUGAACAGUGAAAUGAGUAAAAGAUAGGUGGCAGGACAGAAAGAUGAAAAGCCAUGGCUCAUCCGCAGAUUGGGUCAUCAGAAGAAGUAAGGUGCUAGUACCUGAUUCUCAAGCUUGAAAGGCCUGCUAUAGUCCAGAGUAUCACAUUUGGAAAAUAUGAGAAGACUCAUGUUUGUAAUUUAAAGAAAUUUAAAGUCUUCGGUGGGAUGAAUGAAGAAAAUAUGACGGAACUUUUAUCUAGUGGCUUAAAGAAUGAUUAUAACAAAGAGACAUUCACCUUGAAGCAUAAAAUCGAUGAACAGAUGUUCCCAUGUCGAUUCAUUAAAAUAGUUCCACUCUUGUCCUGGGGACCCAGCUUUAAUUUUAGCAUCUGGUAUGUUGAACUUAAUGGCAUUGAUGAUCCUGAUGUUGUGCAACCCUGUCUCAACUGGUAUAGCAAGUACCGUGAACAGGAAGCCAUUCGCCUUUGUCUAAAACACUUCCGUCAACACAACUACACUGAAGCAUUUGAAUCACUACAGAAAAAAACCAAGAUUGCACUGGAACAUCCCAUGUUAACUGAUCUGCAUGACAAACUGGUAUUGAAGGGUGAUUUUGAUGCUUGUGAAGAGUUGAUUGAAAAAGCUGUAAAUGAUGGCUUAUUCAAUCAAUAUAUCAGUCAGCAGGAAUAUAAGCCACGGUGGAGUCAGAUCAUUCCUAAGAGCACCAAAGGAGAUGGAGAAGAUAGCAGACCAGGAAUGAGAGGUGGACAUCAAAUGGUUAUUGAUGUUCAGACAGAAACUGUUUAUUUGUUUGGUGGCUGGGAUGGAACACAAGAUCUGGCUGACUUCUGGGCAUACAGUGUGAAGGAGAAUCAAUGGACUUGUAUAUCUAGAGACACUGAGAAAGAGAAUGGACCUAGUGCCAGAUCUUGUCAUAAAAUGUGUAUUGACAUUCAACGAAGGCAGAUCUAUACACUGGGACGUUACUUGGAUUCCUCUGUGAGGAAUAGCAAAUCUCUGAAAAGUGACUUCUACCGCUAUGACAUUGAUACAAACACAUGGAUGUUGUUAAGUGAAGAUACUGCUGCUGAUGGAGGACCCAAGUUGGUAUUUGAUCAUCAGAUGUGUAUGGAUUCUGAAAAACAUAUGAUCUAUACAUUUGGUGGAAGAAUUUUGACAUGUAAUGGCAGUGUGGAUGAUAGUAGAGCCAGUGAACCUCAGUUCAGUGGUUUAUUUGCUUUUAACUGCCAGUGUCAAACAUGGAAACUUCUUCGAGAGGAUUCUUGUAAUGCUGGACCUGAGGACAUCCAGUCCCGAAUAGGACAUUGCAUGCUUUUCCACUCAAAAAAUCGUUGUUUAUAUGUAUUUGGUGGUCAACGAUCAAAAACCUACUUGAAUGAUUUCUUCAGUUAUGAUGUAGACAGUGACCACGUGGACAUUAUAUCAGAUGGCACCAAGAAAGACUCUGGGAUGGUUCCAAUGACAGGUUUUACACAGAGAGCAACCAUUGAUCCAGAAUUGAAUGAAAUACACGUCCUGUCUGGACUCAGCAAAGACAAAGAGAAGAGAGAAGAGAAUGUCAGGAACUCCUUCUGGAUUUAUGAUAUUGUGAGGAAUAGUUGGUCUUGUGUCUAUAAAAAUGAUCAAGCUGCAAAGGAUAAUCCCAGUAAAAGUCUACAGGAAGAGGAACCAUGCCCAAGAUUCGCCCACCAACUUGUGUAUGAUGAAUUACACAAGGUUCAUUAUUUGUUUGGUGGAAAUCCUGGCAAAUCCUGUUCUCCAAAGAUGAGAUUAGAUGACUUCUGGUCACUAAAACUCUGCCGUCCUUCAAAGGAAUACUUGUUGAGGCAUUGCAAAUACCUCAUCAGGAAACAUAGGUUUGAAGAAAAAGCCCAGACUGAUCCUCUUAGUGCUCUGAAAUAUUUGCAGAAUGACCUUUAUGUAACUGUGGAUCAUUCAGACCCAGAGGAAACAAAAGAGUUUCAGCUCCUAGCUUCAGCUCUGUUCAAGUCUGGCUCAGAUUUCACAGCACUGGGUUUUUCGGACGUGGAUCACACCUACGCUCAAAGAACUCAGCUCUUUGAUAUCUUAGUAAAUUUCUUUCCAGACAGCAUGACCCCUCCCAAAGGAAACCUGGUAGACCUCAUCACACUGUAACUGAAGAAUCAUUUGACACAUACCUAUGAAGAAAAGAAGUCUACGUUCAGUAUUUGGGAUUUUGACUGUGUUGACUGACAGGUUGCAGUGAUAGAGGAUGCAGAUCUUUGAAGGGAUCUCACUGUUUUAAGUUUUGACCCUCUUCCUUCAUACCCUCAGCUCACCACACUUUCUUCACCCUCUACCUAAUUAGGCUAAUAAAACAGAAUUGGUAUUCUUUCCAUUUAAUUUUUUUUCCUUUGACUUUUAAGAGUUAUUGAAUGUAAAAAAAAAAUUCAGGUAGCUGUCCCUUUUUAUCUUGAGGAGGGAAUGGUUAGGGCAUAUGGGAUAGGCACCACUUAAAAUACUUUUUUCUGCAACAGACUGUUUUGUGUGUCUUAAUUGGCUGUUUUGGUUUCUUGUGCCCUUUGCUCCUUCACUCUAUUUCUCACAGCUACUUGUAAGCAGCUGUGUCAUUUGCUUUAACUCCUGACAUUUUUCGUGGCGAUUAUGUAAUUCUGCAGGAUGCUUGGUAUUUGUUAAGGUAAUGUAUAUGUCCAUGUUGACUCGAGUCUUACAUUGUACAAUAUGAGAAAAAAAAAAAAAAAACAGGGCUCAGAUUCCUGCUCUUCUCAACUAGAAUGUGAAACUUUGACCCAGGCACCUGGCUGAGUUUGGCAUACCAUCUUAAAAUACAGUAUAUUUUGUAGUUACUGAUGUUGAUAACAUCUGGCUUUUGCUCAUAUAAGCUUUAAACUGAGAAAGUAGAGGUCAAGUUUGAACAAGGUAACCAUUUGAGAAAUAGCUGAAGAAGGAAGAAAGCCUGCUUGUCGAGUCCAAGGGCCUCCAUGAGGUAACUUUAAAAUAGAUCUCACUCGCUCUCCUGUGGAGCGCGCAGGGCAGCAUCUGCAACCUGCCCUUCUGUGCGCCACGGCUUUUCAUUUGGACUGGCAGAGCCACCCACCCUUUAACUCCUUGUACUUGUUUCUGUGUGCUUGAUUUGUGAAAAUAGUUUAAAAAGGUAAAAAGGCUCUUUUUGUCAUUGUCCAGUGGAAUGCAGUUUACAGUCAUUUCCUUGAGUACCUAGACCCUUCUUUUAAAUAGGAGAAAAGAAAUGGUGCAGAAAUCACUUCAUUUAAUAAAUUCAAAUACAGGUAUGACAAGUAGGUUUUUCUACUUCAACUUUUUUUUUCCAUGAAAUUUUUCAUAUGUGGUGCUGUGAGUCAAUGGAAAAUAAUGUAAGAAGCCUGCAUUUGGCCUUAUGCUCAUCCUUGGAUAGUAUGUAUACAGCAUAUGACUUACUAUGCAGGCUCAACUAAAACAGGCUCAACAUUAAAAAAAAGAGAGAUACUACUCUUCAGUAUGAGAGUCACUUAAAGAAAUUAUGUCCCUGGGUAGCAGUAUUGGAAAGGAAAGAAGAAACUGACCUGUGCUUUCAAAAAAUAUCAUGUAGGAAUAAAACUCAAAGGUCCCUCUUUUAAUCUCUCCUUAACACAUGAUUUUACCUCUCUUGAAAAUUAAUAGCAGUACAUUUCCUCUCACUACAAUAGAUUCUAAUUCUUUAAGUUUUUUUUUUAAUUUUCUGAAUACCCCAGAGCAAUCAGAGAUUUAUUAAGCAGUUAGAUAUACAUCUUAUUUUGUGGGGGGGAAAUUACUUUAGAUUUUAAUAACUUAAUGGUAACAUAGAUUAUCUGUCAAAUGGUCAUGUGGUUCAUCAUCAAUUAUGUCUGCAAAACCAACUGGCUUUCCAAUUGAGUAAAUGUAGUUUACUUACACAUUUGAGAAAUUUGAUAAAAUUCAUUGUACUCUAUGCCAUUUAGAAACGUAAUACUUGGGCUUUGCUACUAACCAAUUGAUUUCAUUAUACCCCAUUGAGUUUUGUUUCAGAUGAAGAAAAAUACCUAAACUUGAUGGUUACUUUAUAUUCUACUGGGUGCUUAAUCUUUAGCGUCCCUAAUAGGAAUUGGCUUAUUUCACUUGAUGAAAUGAUUAGUUAUAAGAUACUUUAGAUAUAUAGCCAAAUGAAAUUCUGCUGCACUCCAUUGCUUAUAAUCACAGUGCUGUGGAUCUUUAUUAUAUUUCAUUAAUUCAUUUGUGGAUCGUUUUGAUGAGGAAACUGAGUUCCUAUCCUUAGUGAUCUUUUAUCUUUUUGCAGUUUUUUCCUUAGCACUUUUAUGGAGGGGAGGGGGACAGAUGAGCUUUUCUUAGCUUCAUCUUUUACUGAACUAUACUUGGAUUUUAUUCUUUUCCUUUUCUGAUGUAAUUUUUACAUGAUUUUCUUUCAGUGAGGUGGUGGGUUCCAAGUAAAUUUUAAAAUAUUAGGCAGUCAGGGAAAGGGACAUUGCUUAGAUGUCAUCAAAACAUGAUAUUUUUGAUAUCUCUGCUUGGGGGUUUAAUAAUGCCAAGUAAUCUCAGGAAGAUGUGUAGUCUUCAUUUUGUACAUGAAGCCUGAUUUGAAACCUGCAGGUGUAUCUGUGGAAGGGGUUAUGUGUCUAUUUCCCCAAAAGAAUGAUUGUCAUAUUAUAAUUAAAAUAGGGAAGCCAGUUUGUUAUAACAAACAUAUUGUUCAGAGUGCCUAACUUAUGUAAAUUACAACUUGAUCUAAUUCCUUAGUUUAGUGCUUCCAAUAUUGAUGGGAGAAGCAUUAGUGAGUGACACUUUUGUAAUACUCCCAAACAGACUUGGUGAUCACUUUAUUCCAAAAACUAAUGUAUAUAUCUUUCAGCUCAGUCCCAUUUAUUUUUGCAAUGAAAUAGGUACUUUCUUCCAGGAAUGAAUCAGAUCUCUGAAACUAUUUACAGAUUUUAUGCUUUACAAGAAAUGGUUUUAUUUGCAGAUACACAUCCUAGUUGCACUUGCAGCUUUAUAGAAUAGAGUGACAGAGACCUCAUGUGGCCAGCAUGGCUAAUUAAAAGUUGACCUUUUCUUUGGUUGAGCAAAAGGAAUUCAGGCUGAUGUACCUACCUCUUCUUGUUAAAUGUGACCAUCAGUAUUAAUGUACGUAUCAAACAAAUCAUUUUCUUAGGCUAGCUUUGUGUCUAAGCAUAAGGAAACUAUGUUUCAUUAAUAAAAGUGGAUAGGAAACAUUAAUAUAGUGUUGAUUUUAUAGCACAGCAUGGUGAUUUAUUUAAGCCAUUAAGACUGCAUUCUUGAAUGGUUUUCAUGGGUACUAAACGUAGUGGGGGGAAAAGAAUUAUUUUGUAGACAUCUUAAUCAUUCCAGAAAAUUUCUCUGUCUGCUUUAUAAGGGCCACCUCAGGAUAACUUAGCAGAGAAAAUGCCUUUUCAGAGAAUAGAAAUUUGAAAACAAACAAAUAAAAUUUCAGAAGUUGAGCUAGAAGUUUUUAGAGAAAUUAUGUCCAACCCUUACUCUUAGUAGGGGAUGUAAGUAGUUCAUAGGGAAUGUGUUUCAGGUUUAAGAUUGCUGUAUUAUUCUACCUUGUGAUAGUAGUUACGUAGUAGAUUUAUCCUGUAAUCUUAUUUGUCAGCACUUGGGAUCUAAAUGGUAAUUGUAGGUCAUUUAAGUGUAAGUAUUAUGAAGAAUAUUUACAUAAAAGCUGAAUAUUGUAAAAGUGAACUUACCUCCUUAGCCAUUUGAACAUUUUUAAUACCAUUUGAGGAAUGAUUGAUUUCUAGUGAUUCAGAGAAGAGCACAAAACUAUACACCUACAACUUGAAGAGUUGAUAUUAAUGGCUCUUAGUACAGCAGUACACCAUUCUUGGCACUAGUUAUUCAUUAAAACUUUUUCAGUUAACCAUAUCUUAGUCUGCUUAUUUCCUGAGAUUCGCUUCAAGAAUUCACCUAAUUGGCUCAAUUAUAUCUUUUAUUGAAUUCAGUCCAUUUGCAUUCCACUAGGUUUAAAAUUCCUAGGAAUUUUCACAUUUCCUUCAGCCAAAGGCUUAGUUAGUGAUACAGUGUUGUAAAUAGAGAGGGUCUUUAUAGCUUAGAGAUGAAAAUUUAAAUGUUAAAGAGCAGACUUGUAUGUCUAAGCUAGUUUGGCAGCUUUGUUUCCUGGGAAUAAUGGCUUUUUUUUAAUAUUAGGCAACCCUUAAUUAUUUGCCUUUUGCUUUAAUCAUUUUGAUUUCCUAUGUCUCUUUGAAGAGGUAACAUCUUGGGAAAUUUCACAAAAAAGUUUUAAUAGUGACAAAAAAAACAUCAUUUUUAAAGAGAAGCCUAUUUCUCUUAGAUUUUUUUUUCUUGGUUUCCUCAAGUCCAUACUAGCUUGUCAGCAUUGCCCAGAAGAGAGAAACUAUCUAAAGAAAAAAAGAAGAAGAAAAUAGAAACAAUUGUUCUGAUGAAACAAAUCUGCUUCCUUCGUUUCCUUAUAUGCAGAUAAACGGGGAAAAUAUUUCUUAACAUUUAGGAAUCAUCUAAAAGCAAUAGAGGUGGGGUCAGUUAGUAAUAAUAAGAGUUCCCCAGGGCAGGUAAAAAAAAACAUUAGCUUUUAAGACUCAUUUGCUCUAUAUCUUAGUAAUUUGUAUGUUUGAGAUCAGAGGUUAGUGAAACUCAAGUCACAAUGGGGGGGAGGGGGUGUAUAGUUUCUUAUAUGUUCUUGUUCCUAUGUUUUUAAUAAUGUUUCUUCUAAUCAAACUACCUCUGGGUUUUAAGUGUCAGUGGUAUUUUGUCUGUCUUUAAAAUUAGCCACAAAAGUAAGUAGAUUUGAGAUCUGUGACUUGAGAACUGUUUCUUUUUAUUUCUGGUAAGUGUUAAAUGUGAGCAACAGCACAAAUCGCUGUGGAUUAGUUAGUCAUCAUAUUCAAUGGUUCAUUUUUUUUCUUCUUUAAAAAAUAUGUACCCUUUCACCAGAAGAAUAGAAGGGAGUUUUGAUAGUAGAUGAAAUUUUGGGUGGCCACAGCUUAUUCUCAACAAAGAUUCUAAUCUUCAGAUAAGUGUCAGUGUCCCUAAACUCAUAAACUAUAGCAUAAAGGCAGUAAAUCAGAGGGAUCUAAUAAGAGGUACUUCUUCCAAGGGGGAAAUAAUAAUCUAUGUUUAUUGUCCUAAAUAAAACCUUCUAGAACUUGAACUGGAACCCAGAAUUAAAGAUGGUGUUAAUACAUCCUCCAUAUUGGAGUAUUUUGUUAUUUGUAAAUAAGAUCUCAGCAUUUCCCCAAAAACUGUCUGGUUUGAUCAAGGGGAAAAAAAAUGUUAAUGGUUUUUUUAAUUUGCCACACAGCUGAUUGUUUUGACAAGAACUUGAAGAAAUAAAUAAACUUUAGAGGACAAAAUAUUAUAUGUAUGCUAGUGACCUGGUCAAUACUGCUCUCCUCUAUGCUGAAUGUUUAAAAUGGUAACAGAGGUACCAUAUACAAAAGCUAACAUCUUGCUUACCAUUUUAGAAUUUCACUUCCAGUAAUGAGUUUGGAUUUGUUCAUCCUCCAGUCUAGAUUUGGACAAGGAAAGAAUCUAGAAGGAGUCAGGGCUUAUCAAGAAAUAUGAAAUAGAGCAUAAAGGCAGAACAAGGGAUUGGGAAAGACCAUGUUUUGGGUUUAAUGUUGAACUCUUUGGGCACUAAGAGUGCUGCAUUUCCACGUGAUUACAUUUUGGGGAAUGUUAGCACUCUUCCCUGAGCAAGGUGGGGUCUAAAAGUAUUAGUCCAAGAAGUAAUUGAAAUUAACACUGACUUUAUUUCUUCCUCCAGAAAAAAAACUUUUCCUUGUGAAAAAUUUGUUAAUUUUCUGAGUAGUCACUAGAAAGAUAAUUAGCCAGUUUAAUUUGGACUAGAAAACAUUAAUACAAAUGAUUUAGUAGGAAUAAGGAACUGGAAUUUCUAGUUUGUGCUGCAUUGUUAUGAAAAGAGGUGACUUAAGGGACUUUUUUUUUUUGUUUUUUUGCCUCCAAAAUGUCCAUUUAAACACUAUAACUUUGGAGAAUGGCAUUUCAUUACUGGUCUGAUGUGGAAAUUAUUUGUCUUGUACUUGAAAUAGCUGUUAGAGGUCUUGAUGAAGGGACAGGGACACAGGUGAUGUGGAGUCUUGAUCUGAUCUAGGUGAGAGCGUUUUCUGAUGAAUAGUCAUGCAGACCUUUGCUGAUGAUAGAAAACAGAAAUAAAACUUUUCUUGUGCAAAUUUUGGUGUCCCAGAGAACUUGGUUGUCUAUGGAACCCUGUGCUGUAGUGAGCUGUGUACCAUCUGGGUGGCUGGCAUUCAUGGCAGUUGGUCUGGAUCUCUGUGCUGUCUGCCACAUAAAUACUAGCCUGACAAUAUCACCAGUCUUCAGUUCCAUUUGAUGCUUAAUGAAUGCGAAUGUCACCAGUCUUCAGUUCCAUUUGAUGCUUAAUGAAUGCCAAAUUAAUUGGCAACAAAGAAAAAGUGUUCUGAUAUACUAAGCAGGCCUGUAUUUAUGAUUAAGGUGGCUGCUCAAAUAGCCAAUCCAAAUUCUCUCCCCCUCCACCGCAAUUUUCAAACAGCUCUCAAAAAAAAAGUAAUUAUUGCAUUUAAUUAUUGGCAUCUGGUUAGCCUUCAUUUUCUAGCUGGAUGAAGAGGGGAGGGGAAAAGGAGAAUUGUCAUUUCAUGAUUACAUAAAUCCUAGACUAAAUUGCUUAGAAUAAAGCUCGUGCCCAUGUUUUAAAAUAAACUAAUCAUAUAUAAAUUCAGGGUCUUUGUUUAUUUUUUCCAUGAAAUGUAUGAAUUCUGACUUUGGCAUCAAGAUCCUAAGUGAUUUGGGUUUUGUUUAUCUUUUUCCUUUUAAGAUGAUUAUGCCUUUGUCUGAAGCAUUAAUUAAAAGUCAUAGAAGUUCUUACCUUUUUUUUUUUUUUUUUUGUCACAGACCCCUUCUCAGAAAAAUGUUUUUCAAUGUACAAAAUGCAAAGGAUUUGCUCUUGCAUUUAGGGUAGGCCACCCAGACUCUUGUCCCCAGAAGCCCUGAAAUUGCUUUUGUCAGUUUGGUAGCUCAUUGGCACGCAUGUGAUGGCACUAUGAAAGCCCUUCAAUAGCUUCAGAAGUCAAGUUUACAAGUUGUGUGAUCACAAGGACAGAAUCUUGUUGCCACUUGGUGAUAUUGGGAUUUAGUGAAAUGAAUAUCUGCCCACACCUGUCUUAAUUCAUAUGCAAAAGAAGCUCAUCUGCUUUUUAAAGGCUUUAUUUUGUUUUUACAACUAAAUUGGGAUGGAGGAAAGCAAAAAAAUAGAAUUCACCUAGUUGCAUCCUUCUGAUGGCAAAAGCAAAGUGGCUGUUUUAGUCUUUGGUUUGCAAAAUGAGUGCUUUGUCAGUUGAAAGUAUGCCAGAGGAAAACAUUAUUUGCUUUUUUCCUCUCUCAAGAAAUUGUCUCUGCCCCUGAGAUGUGGUGUUUGUGGUGGUCCUCAAACCAACUUAAACUUCUAGAAUGUAUAAGGUGCCUUUUGAAAGGAAUGAUUUGUGUUAAUUAUUGCCUCAUGGAUUAUACAGCCCAGUAGAAGUUUCACAAUAAUGUCAUUAUUUUGAUCUUCUUAAUUUAGAAAGCUAUAUGUGUGUUUGAUCAGCUUUCUAUAUGGGCUUGAUGCAUUUAGUCCUUAAUAAAGCUCUAUUAGGUGCACUCAAAAGACCAUGUGUGAUAAGGUAGGGUCUUGUUUUUCAAAAAAUUGACUUGAGGGAAACUGGCAAUCAAAGAAAGCUGACUUUAAUACAUGGAGUCAUAUUUGUCUUUUUAAUUGACUUGGGCAUCCUGGUGUAAAAUAACAUGUUUGCUGGCAAGUUGGAGAUAAGGUAGGGUAAAAGAAUCAACUCUUUUUCCACAGCCAGUAGGAAGAACCUUUAAUACUUUGAGGUGGAGUUAGAGCCCAUAAGCCGCGAAAACAGAGGGCCCAAUAGGGAAAUCACAUGGAAUCUAUAGCCAGAAGCCUUUUUCCAAAAUCUGUCUUGACACCUCAACACAUUGUAAUGGAUCUUAGAUCUGACAGACAUACUUCUAGAUCAUAUGACUUUUUAGUGCUGAAAAUUUUUAAUGACACUUCUUAGUUUUAUAUUUCCUUUAGCUUUUUAAGCAUCCUAGAAA